GGCAUAUGCACUUCAAAUGCAAUCGAAAUGUCAAAAUUGACUGAAUUGAAAAGAGCUUGCAUACAUUAAAGGAACUCAUCAAUCAAUAUGGACACAAGGUCGCAAGACAGCCCGGUUCAUUGUGGUAAAACGAACUCCACUCAGUCGAAAAUGCGCAGCGCUGAGGGGAUUGAGAAGAGACAGAAUACAAGGUUUAGUCAACGCGAGGCUAAGAAGGAUGAGAAACGACCAAUCAGGCGACUCAGGAGUCCCUCGCGCUUCUCUCGUCAGUUUCGACCCAGGUUCGGUGGACGAUACUACAGACCUCGGUUUUAUCCAGGGAGAGAUGACAGGUUUUUUCGCCGCCCCGGCUAUAAGCUGGGCUUCCAGAGGUACUCUCCUGCUUUAGGACCAAGGCUGCAAGUUUCCACAGCGACAAACUCUUCACCAGUCAGACGCCGGGUGUCUGUUUCGCCGUCCCCCGCCCCCAGUCAACACUCUGACAAGAGUCUCAGUGCCACUGCCCGAGAACAGAAAGACACCAGCACAGAUACCCCGAGGUCAUCGGGGAGCUCCAGCAGAGAGAGGGACAGACAGAGUCUCUCAUUCACGGUAUCUCAGGAUGGAGCUGAGGCUGGUACCACUCGAGAGACUCUGUUGUCAGUGACACGAGCUGCGGCCAGGAGCAGAGCCAUCCAGAGAAAGAGAGAGGAGAUAGAGGAGGUUUAUCGGCAGGACUGCGAUACUUUCGGCGUGGUCGUGAAAAUGCUGGUGGCGAAAGAUCCAUCUCUGGAAAGGCCCAUCCAGUCUUCCCUGCGAGAGAACCUGCGAGACAUUGGUCAGCGCUGUGUGGAAGCCAUGCAGAAGUUUAUCCAGGAGUAUGACUCCAGAGAGCCCAGCUCUCCGCUUGACCUACAGCAACUCUGACUUUACCACUGUUCUCAGAUCAGUGAAGAAACAUGACUGAUCCAAUCUCAGGAUAAGUUUUGCUUAGCUUGCUGCUCUUACAACAGGAGUGAUCUGUACUCAUAUUACCACUGAACAACGCUGAUCCUUAAAGCACACUGAUCUCAGAACUGUGAAAACCCUCUCUGGUCCAAUCUCUUGAUACCAGUUAUGCUUAGUUUACAAGUCUCAGAAAAGCAUUAAGUCCAUCUUAAUUAUCUUUGUAUCUCAGAGAUACUUAUCUCAGAACAGUGAGGUCGCUGACUGAUCCCAUCGCAGUACAAGAACAACCAUGUUUUAUCUUGCUAAUCUCAGAACUGCGGUAAACUAUUCUCUGCUGACUCCUAACCACCAGUGACCCUUAAAAACUGAUCUCAGAACAGCUGGAGCCCAUAUUCAUGUAAUAUCAGAGUAACAGUGGUGCUUCAUUCACUGAUGCUGAGAUCACAGUAAUGUUGAUAUCAGCACUCAGUCAUGUGACACAUGUCCAGCUUUCCAUUACCCCCUGAUCUAAGAACAGUAAUUAAGUAUUUAUUUUAACUGCUGAUCUCAGAUCAGUAACAGACCAUACUUGGCCUAUCUAUUUCACUAAACCUACCGAAUGACUGCUGCCUAAUAUUUCAGGCCAUCAUGUUUGAAAUUGCCCCGAUUUGACAUGACUCCUGUUAUAUGAAUGGACAUAGAAACAAAAUAUAUUAGCAUUCAUGGUCAGAAGACCAGAAAGCCUCAUGGCAUAUCCAGUUUCACUGUGGGGAAGAGAAGAAAGCUUGUCACUCCUCAGGGCGAUUAGGGAAUAGUGUGGAAAAGAUGGAGAGACAAUUCAGAGGAAUUUGGAGAGCAGAGGAACUGUUCAGAGUUGGUCUGAGGGGUUUGGUGGUUAUCACAUCGCAUAGGUGUAGGACAUGAACCUUAUAUUUGUCUGAAUCAGCUGUGUUUCCCAAACUACAC